GGGCAGAAAUGACUGACGAGAGGAAAACUGAUGCAACCGAAGGAGCAGAAUCUGCAAUGACCAACGAAGUGGUAACUGGUGCAACUGAAGGAGCAGAAUCUGCAACGACUGAUGAGGUAGCAACUGGCGCAAUCAAAG